CACAGCUCUGCAUUCUGUGUCCAACAGCCCAUCUGGUUUGCUACACUAAGAAGCCCAACAGAGCAACUGACUAACAAAGAUGGUGUGGGAAGGAGGAAUCGAGCCCAAUGGCACAGAGGGCAAGAACUUCUACAUCCCCAUGUCCAACAGGACUGGGAUUGUUAGAAGCCCUUUUGAAUACCCGCAGUAUUAUAUGGUAGACCCGAUGAUCUACAAGCUUCUGGCUUUCUACAUGUUCUUCCUUAUCUGCACUGGAACUCCCAUCAACGGUCUGACAUUGUUUGUGACGGCUCAGAACAAGAAACUCCAGCAACCUCUCAACUACAUCCUGGUCAACCUGGCUGUGGCUGGACUCAUCAUGUGCAUGUUCGGCUUCACUAUCACCAUCACAUCUGCUUUAAAUGGCUACUUCAUUCUUGGACCCACUUUCUGCGCUAUUGAGGGAUUCAUGGCCACACUGGGAGGUGAAGUUGCUCUCUGGUCUCUGGUCGUGCUGGCUAUUGAGAGAUACAUCGUCGUCUGCAAACCCAUGGGAAGCUUCAAGUUCUCUGGAGCUCAUGCUGGAGCUGGAGUCGCUUUCACCUGGGUCAUGGCUAUGGCUUGUGCUGCACCCCCACUUUUUGGCUGGUCCAGGUACCUUCCUGAGGGUAUGCAGUGCUCCUGUGGACCUGACUACUACACUCUGGCUCCAGGCUUCAAUAAUGAGUCAUAUGUCAUCUACAUGUUUGUUGUCCACUUCUUCGUCCCUGUUUUCCUCAUCUUCUUCACUUAUGGAAGCCUUGUGGCGACAGUCAAAGCUGCUGCAGCCCAGCAGCAGGAGUCAGAGUCCACUCAGAAAGCUGAGAGGGAAGUGACACGUAUGUGCCUCUUGAUGGUCUUGGGCUUCCUGGUAGCUUGGACACCAUAUGCCACUUUCGCCGGCUGGAUCUUCUUGAACAAGGGAGCUUCGUUCACCGCCCUGACUGCAGCCCUCCCCGCCUUCUUUGCAAAGAGCUCAGCCCUGUACAACCCUGUCAUUUAUGUGCUGUUUAACAAACAGUUUCGAAACUGCAUGCUGAGCACUAUUGGAAUGGGUGGCAUGGUGGAGGAUGAGACCUCAGUUUCAACCAGCAAGACAGAGGUGUCCUCUGUGUCUUAAAUGUAGAGGCAUUUUCACAUCUCUGGACACUUUCCUUAUUACUCUCUUUGACGUGGAAUAAUCCUCAAUGUGGACUGUAUAAAGUUCAUGGACGUCUGAACUACUUGACCAGUGAUAAACGGCUCCAGGAACAACCUCAUGAAUGGAAUUUUCUCUCCUCUUACUUGAGUGCUGUUGGAAAGUGUAUGAAUUUGUGACGCAUGUAUGUGGAUGCUAACUUUGACUUCCCCUGCCAUCCAAGGUACAGAGCCAUCUUGUACCAUUGAAUCUACACAACAUCCUUAAAUAUUAUCCAAUUUUAAUGCUGUAUUUAUUUAUUUUUUACAGCAGAUCAUUAACAGGGAACAUUUUUUUACUGCACUUUCAAAAUGAACAACUAUAUACAGUGUAAAACUCUAUUUUUUAUCACUUGUUGAGUUGGUCGUCAUGAAUUGUAAACAUUGUACAUAUGAGGAAUAGUGUAAAUAAAUAAAUGCAUGCAUGAAAA